GUCUAUUUCAACUUUAUCGUAAACAAAAACAUGGUUGCGCGUAUCCAUUCAGAAGUUCGCCGAGAAUUUAAACGAGCUCGUAUUGUCGGUGGCUAAAUGCGAGCUUUCUUUGCAAGGGAAAACCGAAUCCGAGCCCGCUCUAGUUCAUGAAAGCCAGAUCACCCAUUGUUUUCUUUUUUGAUGGGAAGAAAACUCACUAGAGAAACACGUCAAGGAAUCACCAGAAUGUUACUUGGAUACACGGGUUGCUUCCAUUUAGGCUUGCUGCUCGCUUCGACAGGCGGGCGCCUCCAUUUUAGGUUUGCUCACUGCAGAGUGCAGAUAUUCACGAAGUCUGCAUACGUGGCCCAAGCUCAAAAACUAAGUGAAGGUUUAAAUACAAUUCUUGGCGGCAUCUUGGGAGCUCCUUCUUCUGACUAUUUUCCCACCCACUACUCAGCUGUUUUGAACCUGUGUUGGUCUCUUAAUGGAAUCUUUCAGAUCCCUGUAUCGAGAAAUGUUUUCGGUAAACUGUGGCUUAGGUUGUGCGCCCAGCUGCGGAGUACUCUCAAGAAAUGAUCUCAUGAGAAGACCGGGGCGCAAGGGACAUUUAACCCGCCGAACCUACACGUUACUGCAUGUAGCACUUUGCAUCUCGCUGGAUGCGCCGGCGUGCGAAUGCUGAAGCAGCGG